AUGGCCACCCUCAUUGCUCCUGAUCAUCCUUCUCCUGUUGCAGAUGCAGAAGUUCUCAGAAAAGCUUGUCAAGGAUGGGGAACUGAUGAGAAGGCUAUAAUCUCAAUCAUGGGUCAUAGAAAUGCAGUUCAAAGGAAGUUAAUCCGGGAAGCCUACGAGGAGCUUUAUCAAGAAGAUCUCCUCAAGCGCCUUGAAUCAGAGCUCUCGGGUGAUUUUGAGAAAGCAGUGUAUCGUUGGAUACUGGAUCCAGUAGAUCGAGAUUCUGUCUUGGUGAAUGUAGCAAUAAAGCAAUCUGAUUAUCUUGCGAUCAUUGAAAUCUCAUGCAUCCGAUCUCCUGAAGAGCUCCUAGCUGUGAAGCGCGCCUACCAGAGUCGUUACAAGCAUUCCUUGGAAGAGGACUUGGCUGCUCAUACCACCGGUGAUCUGCGAAAGCUCUUGGUUGCCUUGAUGAGCAUAUAUAGGUACAAUGGUGAUGAGAUAAACGCAAGAUUGGCAAGUUCGGAGGCUGACAUUCUUCACAAAUUUAUUGAAGAGAAGGCUUUUAAUGACGAAGAAAUCAUUAGAAUUGUGACUACAAGGAGCAAGGCACAGGUCAUGGCAACUUUGAACCGCUACAAAGAUGAGCAUGGCACUUCCGUCACCAAGAAUUUGAUGGACGAUUCAGCUAGUCAGUACUUAGCAGCAUUGCGCACAGCCAUCCGAUGCAUCAAUGACCCACAGAAGUACUAUGAAAAGGUAUUGCGCAAUGCGAUUAAUAAGCCCGGGACUGACGAAGAUGCACUGACUCGUGUGAUCGUUACAACAGCUGAAAAAGAUUUGAAGGAGAUCAAGGAGCUUUAUUACAAGAGAAACAGUGUGUCCCUCGAUCAUUCAGUCACGAAGGAAACAUCGGGGGAUUACAAGGCCUUCCUGCUUACUCUGCUAGGGAAGGAAGAUUGAUUCGGAACCUCGUCAGUGAGCAUUUCAUCUUUUAAAUGGUUGUCUGUUUUUAGUUGUACUUUGGUUUUGGAAAAACUUAUCUGUAGCUUGUCUUGAACUUUUGUGUGGUUAUGACAUUUUCAAUUUAUCGGCU